AUGGUUGUGUCAUGCUUAAGUGUGUGGGGAUUGGAUCAUGUUUUUAGUCUGACAGUUGAUAAUGCUUCCUCAAAUGAUACAGGGAUUGAAUACCUAAAGAGGGGGUUGAGGUUAAAUAACACUUUGGUUCUGAAUGGAGAUUAUAUGCACAUGCGUUGUUGUGCACAUAUUCUAAACUUGAUCGUGAAGGAUGGAUUAAAAGAGGUUGAUGAUUCCAUCUUGAGAAUUCGAGCUGCAGUUAAAUAUAUAAAAUCUUCUUCUUCCAGACUAGCUAAAUUCAAGGUGUGCAUUGAAAAACAAAAGAUUGAAUCUAAUUGUUUGGUUUCUCUAGAUGUUGAGACUAGGUGGAAUUCAACCUACCUAAUGCUAGAUUCAGCAUUGAAGCACCAAAAGGCGUUUGAACUACUUGAGUUGGAGGAUAAAAAAUAUGUUUUUGAGUUACAAAGAGGAAAGGGAGUGCCUGAAAUUGAAGAUUGGAACUAUGCUCGUACAAUUUUACCAUUUUUGAAGAUCUUCUACGAAGUCACUUUGCGUAUUUCCAGCACAUCUUAUGCUACCAUUGUGUUGGACCCGAGGUGCAAAAUGGAUAUUUUAACUUUGUUGAGUGAUGAUAAUCGGCAUUUUGAUUGUGGUGAGCUAGCUAACUUGAAAAAAAAGUUAGAUUCUUGUUUGAAUUUACUUUUUGAGGCAUAUAACGAUAGUGAAGAAGGGUCUCAAAGAAAUUCACAAGGAGCCCAACUUGAUGAUGAUGAUGAUGAUAUAUACGGUGUUCCUUUUCGGAAAAGAAAAAUGAGCAAGUCAAAUGGUAAAUCUGAGUUGGAUGUGUAUUUAGAGGAAGCUUUGGAGAAUCCCUCUCCAAGUUUUGAUAUUUUGGCUUGGUGGAAGGUACAGUCAAGUCGAUUCCCAAUCAUAGCAAAUAUUGCUAGAGAGGUGUUGGCUAUACCUAUCUCAAUUGUAGCCUCUGAGUCCGCAUUUAGUAUUGGAGGAAGGGUGCUUGAUCAUUAUUGUAGUUGCUUAACACCUCAAAUAGUGGAGUCCCUUAUUUGCACGCAAGAUUGGCUGAAAGGAACUCCCUUCGAAAUGCGUUCAACUGAUGGCUUAGAGGAGGAGCUUCAGAAAGUUGAACAUGGGACGACGAUGCUUUCCUUUUCCCAACAAAAUGUGGAUUGUGUGACCUCUGUUGCUACUGAUUGA